AUGUAGGCAGCAAAUCAACAUUCGAGAAUGUUGGUAAAAGGUUUACUUACAUCGAUAACCAACUUCGCGGGGCGACAAAUCAUAAAUCCUUUUUUUGCGCCCCCGCGCUUUCGUCGAACCUAUGUUUCCAUUUUGCAAAGGCCAAAAAAUCCCAUAAGAUUGGGGACUUUAACGUAAACGUGUUGGUCGUGGACCAGCGUCAGGUAGAGGCAAAACUUGUGGUAGAGGUCAGAAAGCAUUGGAUCAAUACUGGCAGAAUUGACCCUACAAAGCCGAUUACUAUGAAAGAGCUUUUGGAUUCGAGAUGUGUACAUGGCGUUAAGGAUGGCGUCAAGUUGUUGUCGGAGGGAUCACAACACUUUAGUACCCCCGUUACCAUUGAAAUAGCUCGUGCCUCUCGUUCGGCAAUCAAAGCGAUAGAGAAAGUUGGUGGGAAUAUCACCUGCAGAUAUUUCAAUAGGCUUUCAUUAAGGGCUACAUUGAAGCCCGAGAAAUUUUGGAAGAUACCUAAAUUUGCUGACCCCGUAAAGGCCAAGGACAAAG